GUGUGGCGUCGUCAGCAGCCUCCCCCUCUCUCGCGACCCAGUUGUUCAGUCCGAGUCCGGAGCUUGGAGGAGGAGGAGGCCCAGUCCAUGUACUCUCAAAUAAACACAUUAAAGUUGUCUAGCAGCAGAGUGAGCCUAGCCCCACACCAUGUCCCAGGACAAGAGUGGAUUCCCUAUUAUGGGUGAGACCAACCCACUGCAUAACAACGUCUAUGGGCCCCCUCAGCCAGGUUUCGGCAUGCCCCCUCCCAACUACAGCCAAGCCCCAGGGGGACCCUACCCACCAGCAGCCGGCUACGGACAGCCAGGCUUCCCCCAGGCAGGCCCAGGUUUUGCCCCUGGUCCCUACCCUCAGAUGCCUUACCCUCAGAUGCCCUACCCACAGGCACCCUACCCUCAGGGGCCUUAUCAGCAAGGACACGCACAGCCAGGCUUUCCAGGCGACCCCAGCGCAGGACCUGCUGGCAGCCCUGGUUACCAUGGUGACGGACCUCCAUCUUACUACGACAAUGAGGAGUUCACCAACUCUGGUUUUGAGGACAAGAGCAUCCGACAAGCUUUUAUAAGAAAAGUCUUCCUUGUCCUCACAGUGCAGCUGCUGGUCACUUUCUCCUUUGUUGCCGUCUUCACCUUUGUCGAUGAUGCCAAGUUAUUUGUGCGACGUAAUCCAUGGACAUACUACGUGUCCUAUGCGGUCUUCUUCGUAGCUCUGAUCACCCUCAGCUGCUGUGGAGACUUCCGCCGCAAGCACCCCUGGAACUUGGUUGCACUGUCCAUCCUGACCCUGAGCCUCUCCUACAUGGUGGGCAUGAUCGCCAGCUUCUAUGACACAGAGACUGUCAUCAUGGCUGUGGGCAUCACUGCAGUGGUCUGCUUCACCGUCGUCCUCUUCUCACUACAGAGCAAGUAUGACUUCACUUCCUGUCGGGGCGUGCUGUUUGUGUGCCUGAUUGUGCUGCUGCUCUUCUCCAUCCUCUGCAUCUUCAUCCGCCACAGGAUCCUGCACAUUGUCUAUGCCUCUCUGGGGGCCCUGCUCUUCACCUGCUUUUUGGCUGUGGACACUCAGCUUCUCUUAGGCAACAAGAAGCUGGCUCUGAGUCCAGAGGAGUAUAUUUUUGCUGCCCUCAACCUCUACACUGACAUCAUCAACAUCUUCCUCUACAUCCUGGCCAUCGUGGGUCGCUCCCGUGAAUGAGGCUGCACUUAAAGAGAACAGGAGAGAGAUAGAGAAUGCCUCCCUUUAUUGUGAAAUGUUGCUAACAUGCCCUUUUCUCUCUUAACUCCUUUUUUAAUUUUUUCUUCACCUUUUUCACACGAUACUCAUCGUUUCCUCCCUUAUCACACACACUGUUGUUUUUUAAAAAACAGGUAGUUGUGGAGGAGAUGCAGCCUGUCAUAAAAUGCAGCUGAGAGACAUUUAUUUAACAAAUCUUGCCAUUAAUGACAGAAUGUAAUGAUCUGUCUUUUCCUCAAUUUUGACCACUCUGCUUGCUGUAACUGUCCUACUUUAUGUCUACGUUACCUACCGCCCAACUUCCACUUUGGCUCGGCAUGCACAGCAUACAACAUGUCAUCCUGUGGGUGCUUGGCACUCAGCCUCGCCUCGCUGCAGAGAUCAAACAGGAAAAAGAGCGGGGAAGGUAUCGGUAGCGCUUAAUAUUGAUGCAAACCAGCUUUGCCUAAAGAGAAGAAAAUAAUGCUAGAAAUACCCACCACCUUCAAUCUAUCUUUUUCCCCAAACUAACCAUUCUCCUUCAGCCUGCUGGUGUAAAGUAACUCUGCAUGGCAACAUUGGAAACACAACUAAAGACAUGAUUCUUUAGGACUACCAGAGGAAUGCAUUUAGCUUGCUUCUCACAGCUGUAAAUAGUUACGUGUAUUACUGUAUAUGAUGCCAGUUCCCCCCCCCCGAAAGGCAUGCUGGAGUGAUUCAUAUGGAUGUGUUGCUUUUUGGGAAAAAUGUGCUCUGAUAUCAGAACUUUGCUUACCCAGUAUAGUAACUAAAAUCUUUUAAUGGCAACAGAAUGAAGCUCAGUGUUGGAUGUAUACAUGAACAUAAAUUAAUAUUUAUAAACUAUAUAUUCUUACGGAAUAUCUUUGCAAAAGGAAGACAUUUUUGUUCUGAAAUUGUUUCUCAGAUGUCCCUUUUUAGAUUCUUCCUUUUUUUUCCUUUACUGUCCUCUCUAAUUUCCUGUCAUCUGGUCAUUAAUGUGAAGUGAAGAUUUAGUGCUGUAUUUAUUUCUCCCAUUAAACCAAAUGUGAACUGAAGUCGAAGGAUUUAAAUUUCCGACCGCUUUAAGCUGAUCCAGGUUUCAGAAUUUCUGAAUUGAUGAACACCAGACUUGCAGGAAAUUAUACGUUUAUAAGCUUGGUGUAGAUAACAGGGUUGCUUUGAGGUGGCCGCUGGUGUUGAGGAAAAAAAAUUAAGGCUGUUUGGAAAUUUACAAAGACUUUAUUAUUUAAGUUGAUUGUGAAACAUUCUGGCUCAACUAAGCGACACAGGCAGAAGAAAUUAACAUGCACUGGAAGCCAAAAUAGUCCGACACAAACAUAUAACUUUAAUGAUGUAUUUAACAUGAACAAUAUUUUUUAUUGUGUAACUUUCUGUAUUGAUUUUUCACCUCUUGCAUGACCUACUCUGUCAUUUGCAUGUGCUGAUGAUGCACACUGUACAGGUAUUCCUGUUUUGAGGAGACACAGUGUUGUUUGGCAGCCCUGUUAAACUUUUUUUUAACUCUUGUGUUUGUAUCUAACUAACGUGUAUGUGUAUAUAGAACUCCUUAGUGGUUUGAUGUGUAUAGAUAAAGUACUUUUGGGGCUUUGUAGGUCUGUUUGCAUUGUAUAUUUGCAUUAAAUCAAAUGGAACCGCAUUCCUGUACACUGCUGUUCGCUUUUCAUUAAAACUAAUUAAAUGUAAA